AUGGGCCGGAAAAUAUCGUUCAUGCACCUAUGGUAUCUUGACCAUAUCUCCUGGAACAUCGACUACCAGGAUUAUUACAAGUGUGAUCCUCAUGAUUUCGACGGAUCGGAUGCGCAAAAACGGAUGGUUAUGGGUGGAGAGGCUGCUAUGUGGGGCGAGAUGGUAGAUGCUACUAAUGUUAUACAAAGAAUUUUCCCACGCACUUCCGCGGUAGCGGAGAAGCUGUGGAGCAGUGCGAAAUUCACGAAAGCCGACCCCGCUACCGUAUGGCCCCGCCUCCAAGAAAUGCAAUGCCGUAUGGUGCGACGGGGUUUCCCGGCCCAACCUGGCUACGGUCCCGGAUUUUGCGAGGUGGAGUACGAGCCGAAUUUGCCGGAUUUUGAUAAC